AUGAAGCCUUCACUACCGAAAGUUUACAACCACCAGCUGAGGUGUUAUGAAUGGAUUGGCUGGCGUAAUGAUACACCCGAUUUGAGUGGCAAACCGGUUGAAAUUAUUUUCGAAUUCGAUACAGUGAGAAAUUUUAGUGCAAUUAUUUUGCACACGAAUAAUAUGUUCACCAAAGAUGUGCAGGUAUUCGUGCGCGCCAAAGUCUUCUUCAGUAUUGGUGGACGACAUUUCUCCGGUGAACCGGUGCAAUUUUCAUACAUGCCAGACACCAUAAUGGAUCACGCGCGAGAUGUCACCAUUAAAUUGCAUCAUCGCGUUGGUAGAUAUUUGAAAAUCAAUUUAUAUUUUGCCGUGAAAUGGAUUAUGCUGUCGGAGAUUUCAUUUGUAUCGG